AUGAGUGAAAGAUGUCAAACGAAGUUUACAGAAAAAUUUGAUAAUAAAAAUUAUAUUAUUUUCUUCGGAGUUAUAUGCACGACGGUCGCAGUUUUAUAUUUUUACAGAUUUCACUUUGCCACUAUAGCAUUUAGCUAUGUGUUGGGAUGUCUGGCUUGUUAUUACGGGCUCAAUUCUAAUAUUUUACACGAGUAUAUUAAUAAAUUAAAGUGCCAUUUUGUCGAUGAGACGUUUGAAGAAAAAGAAGAUGCAACUGUUAAGGGUUGCGAGACUUGCGGGUCAAAGGACUGCGCAAGACAUGACUCUAGUAUAUCAGCAGAACCUUGGGUGGGACUCCAAAUACACAAGCAAUUAGAUCAAGCAAUAGAAGAUUUCUACAAUGCCAUCCUGGACCAGUUCAUAAACUCCUGGUACAGCAAAAUCACAUUGCAGCCGUUCUUUGUAGAUGAACUGAGACAUCAGCUGCGGUAUGCUUCUGCGUGUCUCCUGCACAGAGCUGUUAAGAUAAAUUAUUCUCGUUUUAUAACGAACCGCUUGAUUCCGUGUGCGUUACGUCACUAUUCGUCAUGUGCUCGGCUGCCGUCCGGCGAGGCCCUGGACUCGAAGCUAGCGCUGCACCCCGCGGCAGCUAACAGAAAUGCUGAACUUAACUAUCUCAGGGCGAUCACCAACGCAAUCAUGCCUUAUUUGCUCAAGAGCACCGACUUGCAGAAUUCUGUAUUUUGCGUAUUAAUAAGGGAGAUAUUCGCUGGCUGGGUGCUACUGUCUCUGACGGACGUGCUGGCAGACCCUUACAUACUGAACACGCUUGUCAUAUUGGCGACUGGCGAUGAAACCAUGGCCCAGCUGCCAACUACGCCUAACUAUAAGGUAGAAUUUCUAGAAACUUUCGCCCGUCAAAGUGAAUCUAUAUACAUUCAGAGGCCCAAGAUGCUUCGAGUCGAGUUGGACUUUGUGAUAUCUGAACAGGAGUAUUUUUAUGCGUUUAUGCAGUUUCUGAAGACUACUAGCCAUAUACACUUACUGCAGUUUUAUAAUGAUAUUAAAUCAUUCCAAACGAAGCUGCUGGACCCGUCGCUGGACGGCAGGUCGCAGGCGCGGCUGCAGCGCGAGGCGGCGGAGCUGUGCGCGCGCCACGCGCCGCUGCUGGCGCCGCACCACGCGCUCGUGCGACACCUGCGCGCCGCGCGAGCCGACGCCGCCAGCGUCAAGCAGUUGCAGACGAGUCGAGCGCUCUAUCAAGCCGCGAGGGAGUCCCACGCUUUAUUAGAGAAAGUUAUGCUACCUAAAUUUUUACAUAGUGAAGAGUUUUAUAAAAUACUUAUUGGAGGCCGAAUACCGACGGGAUACCAGAAACACAUGACUAAAAAACCCCACGAACGACUUCUAAAUACGGCGUUAAAAAUAGGACACCGUCUCAAAGGGGCCCUCAAGUCUCAAACUGUUGACGGACAAAUAUUGGAUUGUUUCACGAACAGCGAGGACUCGGAAGGAGACGGCGUCGACAAUAUGGAUAUAAUGAAAUAUUUAGAAGGCUUGGCGAUUGAGGAGUCGAUGAAAGGCCAAAAUUUGAGCAGCUACAAAGUCGUUUUGACUAAUGUUGAGACUAAAUUACAAGCACCUCCCCGUCGAGGAACGGUUCGGGUGUUCACAAUCACCGUUCACCGAGUGGAGGCAGGAACGGCAGCUAGUCUAUGGACGGUGGAGAGAAGCGAACAUGACUUCCAUCUGCUUAGGAGCAAACUUAUAGAGUUUCACGGUGAUAGGUUGCUCCUGGAUCUUCAAUUACCUUCUAGAAGAGACAACAGUCCACUAGAAACUUUACGCUACAAAUAUGAAGAUUUUCUCCAAAGAUUAUUACAAAAAAGUCUUCUGCAAACCAGUGAACUUCUAAGAAUAUUCCUCACAGAAGACGGAGAAUUUGCCAUUAUAGUUCAAGCAGCCACUCCGAACGCCAAUAGCACAGACUUGACGAAUAUUUACCAGUCGGUCACACACAAACUCAGGAAGGAAAAAGGACAGCAUUUGGAGAGUUUUCUUAGGAAUUUAUUAGUAUCUUCUGAUAUUGAGCGCUAUCAAGCUUUGAAACAUGGUCCUGGCCGCGACGUAGAAGAGGCGCAGGAAGUAAACGAGGAGGUACAGGAGGAGCAACAAACGCGUCAGCGACGUACUCGGAAUAUUCAUACGACGGUUUUUGAAAACAAUUUUAAUGUGGAGCCUGUGAUAAGUCCCGUCGACACUCAGCAUCAAAACAGUAUUAUGGGAUUCUCACAGUGCCUCAUGUAUUUGUUAAUAAAAGUGUUCCAAGUGCGUGGAUUAAUAGUGGGCAUCGUGGGCACCAUACUGGGCGUCACUAGGAACCUCGUCGAUGACGCUUUUAAUAAAAUCCUCAACAAUACUUUGCGCAAUCUGCUGUCGGAAAGAAGAUUAGCACAUCUCAUUAGAUUAGGUCACGUAAUUCUGUUGAGCAAGAAGUCGAGUCCCCGGUCGGAGGCGCGGUGUGUGCGGGCGCGCGCGCGGCGGCGCGUGGAGCGCGCGGCGCCGGCGCUGGCGGCGCGGGCGGCGGGCGCGGGGCUGCCGCGCGCGCUGCGCACCGCCUUCGACAUCCUGCAGAGUCCGCAGCUCAAUAAGCAGCUGGUGUACAAUUUGUUAGACCUGUGCGUUAUGGAGUUGUUCCCGGAAUUGGCGACCGUUCAAAACAGCUCACCAACAGUACCAAAGACUUGA